GUAAAAAUGUUCAGGAUGAGAUUUCCAGUUGUACUUAUCAUACAUAGUGUUGAUUAAAUAUUGAAUAUAAAUAUAGCAUUAAUAUCGCAUUAGGAUGUUUACUGAGUUAUUUCGUCUAUCAUCAGUAUUAAUAAGUUUCAUGGGGGUAAUUGGCGUUUCGUCUAAUUUUACAGAAAAAGUUGUUGAGGCUUAUAUGCGGGUGGACGAUAUGAUAUUCCUUCGACCCGAGGCUCGUUCUGGACUUUCACCAGAAAAAUUUAGAUGGCCGAAUGGUAUUAUUCCAUACACAAUUGAAAGAAAUCUGUCGAUUGAAAACAGCGACAUGCUUCACGAAGCAAUGGAAACCAUUGAAGAUAACACUUGUCUCGAAUUUGUACCUCGUAAAAAAGAGAAGAGUUACCUGCUCAUCAGUCACACACAAAAAGGUUGUUACGCUCAUGUUGGGUUCAUGAAUCGUGGUAAACAGAAACUCAAUUUGGGGAAAGGUUGCUGGAAAUUCGCCACGGUUCUUCAUGAACUGAUUCACUCGAUUGGUUUUUCCCAUGAACAUCAGCGAAACGACCGAGAACAGUUUGUUACAAUUCGAUAUGAAAACAUGAAACCAGAGAAGAAACAAAAUUUCAAACUUGAUAAAGAAAUGGGAAUGAAUUUUGAAUUUGAUUACUUUGGCCUGCCCUAUAAUUACGCCAGCAUUAUGCACUAUGGUCGAACCGCUUUCUCCAAUAAUGGAAAAUCCACAAUAAUUCCCAGAAGAGUAUGGGACAUUGAGGACUACGCUUUAUAUGACGAAGUGGAUGAGCACGAAAGACCUAUAAUUGGACUAAAUGAUGCACUAACCUGGGGAGAUAUUACCAUGAUUAAUCGCAUGUAUGAAGACGAGUGUUGGUAAGAUAUAGAUGCAUAUGUGUAGAGGAGGCUUAUGGGGACCGUUGGUUGGUUUUUUAUGUUUAUUUUAAAAUCUCGACAAUGUGUUUCACAGAUUUUAUUCGCGUCGAAAGUUUUUGCCGAGAAAUAAAAUUAAUGUCAACCACGUUAGCAUUUUCAAACCGAUUAAAGCUUUUGUCUCUUUGGUUAGUGUACACAAGUCGCCACAUAAAAGAUUUUGUGGCAAUAAAAACUACAAAGCUAGUGAUGAGAGCUGUUG